UGGCCAUGGCUGGUUGACAAAGUAUGUUUUCCUGUGGUUUCAAAAUCCUGGACCAAGAAUUAAAGAUGAUUCCCAUGAAGGCAGUCCAGACUAUUAUAGUACCGCUUUCUUGUUUACCCAACAUGCAGUAGAUUGAGCUAUUAUUGGACAGUUUGCUAAUCAAGACCAAAUAUCGGUUCGCAUGGAAAAAUUUCCAUUCCCAAACUAUUUUAAGGCUCCCCUCAGUUCAUAUAUUCAAUUUAUAAUCCCAGUCGUCAUAGAAAUUGCUUUUUUUUAUACUGCACUUGUGACUGUGCAUAAUAUUGUAUAUGAGAAGGAACAACAGCUAAAGGAAACUUUAAAAAUCAUCGGCGUCAAUAAUUGGCUUCAUUGGGUGGCGUGGUUUAUUCAAAGUUUUCUUAUUUGUCUCGUUGCAGUUGUCAUAAUGACGCUUCUUUUCACGAUAAAAUUUAACAGUGAUGGGAGUGUUAUCGACAAAACAGCACCCACAAUAUUUUUCAUCUAUCUUUUGCUUUAUAUUACCUCUGGUAUUAUGUUUUGUUUCUUCGUAAGCGUUUUUUUCUCCAAAGCGAGCUCCGCUGCCAAAGUUGUUGGUGUAAUUUUGAGUAUUUCCUUCUUAUUAUUCUUCUUCAUAAUGCAAUACUACGACAAAAUGACGUUCACUCUCAAAGCAUUUGCAUGCCUCAUACCAAAUCUUGGCAUGACUCUUGGAGCGAUUGUCAUCGGCAAGUUUGAAGGAUCCGGUAGCGGCGUUCAAUGGGAUAACCUUUUUCAUGGUGUUGAUGUGGACGACACGUUCUCCCUCGGGACUGUGUUCAUCAUGAUGAUUAUUAGUUGUGCCAUAUAUGGUAUGCUUACAUGGUAUAUUGAAAAUGUGUUCCCAGGACAGUAUGGUACUUCAAAACCUUUUCACUUCCCAUUCACCAAAAGCUACUGGUGUGGAAGCUUUGAAAAGGUAUCAAACGAUGAUGAAACCUUGCCAUUAUUAAGAAAUGCGGAAAAUUUCGAAACAUCGAAGAAGUUCGAAAGGGCUCCUCAAGGUCUGGAUGUGGGAUUGACAUCAAAAUUUAGUGAAGAUCUAUGA